GUUAAAAACAUAACCCUACUUUUCUAUGUUGGAGGCUUGCAGCCGCUCCUCCCUUACACUCAUCUUCUAUUCUCUCUAAAUCAAAAUCUACACUCAUCCAAACAAGUAGAUAUCAAAUUAGAAAGCACAUAUUAGAUCUAAAACAAGUUGAUUAGUUUCAAUCUGUUCAUGCCAUCUUUAUCUUCUUUCCUUCCGUCGUCGAUCUCUCUAUUAUUUUCUUCUCUUCCAGCUUUUCUGAUUUUGUAUUGCCAAUCGUUCUGAUCUGUGAUUUUUUUUCCAAUUUUUCUGAUUUUUUUAAUGACCCGGUUCGGUUCAUUAAACCGGCCGAGUGGCCGAUUUUUACCGGUUUUUAGCGAGUCAUGCCGGUUUUGACCGGUUCAAUUGCAUGCCCGAUCCAAUAAGCAGACCGAACCGGUCAUGUCACCGGUUCACGGUUCAUUAAAUCACUUAUCCUUCCAAAAAAUUAGAUUUUUAUGCAAUUGAUUGUCGCAAACCCAAAACUCUAUCCUCCCAAACCAAACCAAACCACUUCUGUUCUGUCGUUCGUUCGUUCCCUCCCUCUGGUGUAGUUCCAUAUGCUUCAUGCGUGUGGAACCAAAUGGCAUCAACGGUCUCUCUCUCAAACACAAUCGGAUUCUGUCACACCAAACACCACCACAAUAUAGUUAAACUAAACUACACUUCAAAUAUACUUCAAAUCAACACAUUUUCGCGUCGUAAAAUUGGAUAUGAUGAUCAUAUAUGCUUUCGGUUAUAUUGUCUUUCUGGACCUAGAAAGGAAAACAAUCAGAAAAGUGAUUAUGAUGCAACUUCCAAGGACAGUGGCAGUAAGAAUAGAAAUGAAGUGCCUCAAAAUGCUGAUUUUCAUCGUCAUUAUUCGAGAAAGGAGAAGAAGCCUUUUCCAGUUCCCAUUGUUGAACUGCGACGGGCAGCUAGGGAGAGGAUAAAGAAGAUGAAAGAUGAGCCAAGGAGAAAACCAAUGCCGGCACCAAAGAAUGGAUUGCUAGUGAAGAACCUUAUACCAGAAGCAUAUGACGUGUAUAAUGCCAGGAUCACUUUGAUUAAUAAUUUGAAAAAACUGCUCAAAGUAGUACCCGUGCAUGCUUGUGGGUGGUGCAGUGAAAUCCAUGUAGGCCCUGUUGGACAUCCAUUCAAGUCAUGUAAAGGUACACAAUCGAACAUCCGCAAGGGCAUUCAUGAAUGGACAAAUGCACAUGUGGAAGACAUAUUAAUACCGAUUGACGCAUUUCACCUCUAUGAUCGUCUUGGAAAGCGGAUUACUCAUGAACAGAGAUUUUCCAUCCCUCGGAUUCCAGCAGUGGUUGAGCUCUGCAUUCAAGCUGGCGUUAAAAUUCGAGAGUUUCCCACAAAAAGGAGAAGAAAGCCAAUAAUUCGUAUUGGGAAGAAGGAAUUUGUGGAUGCUGAUGAAAGUGAACUACCAGAUGAAGUCCCAGAUAACCCUACGCAACCGUUGAUAGCUGAAAUACCGGAUUCAGAUAUAGUUGCUCCAGUGAACAAGGAGGAAGUAGUCCACCUUGCCGAGGAAACACUCCAAGCAUGGGAACAAAUGAGGAAAGGCACCAAGAGACUAAUGAGGAUGUACCACGUGAGGGUCUGUGGAUAUUGCCCUGAAAUUCAUGUUGGCCCUAGCGGGCACAAAGCUCAAAAUUGUGGGGCACACAAACACCAACAACGCAAUGGGCAGCAUGGUUGGCAAUCUGCAGUGCUUGAUGACUUGAUACCGCCGAGAUUUGUGUGGCAUGUUCCUGAUGUAAAUGGACCACCACUGGAACGAGAGCUUAAGAAUUUCUACGGGCAGGCUCCGGCUGUGGUGGAAAUGUGCAUUCAGGCUGGUGCUGCUUUACCCGAACAAUAUAAAUCAACCAUGCGCCUUGAUGUCGGGAUCCCUUCAACUCUUAGAGAAGCUGAAAUGGUAGUUUGAGAUUUAAGUGUAAAUGCAUGUUUGAUGUAGAAAGUCAAAAUGAAUGUACUUGGAAAAUACUAAAAUAACAUUAUGUGGGUAGUUCUGGUUGGGAUUUUUUUUUCUUUCGGUUAAAAUACACUUUGUGUCAUCUACUGUCCUCACCACAUUGUAAAAGACCAACAAAAUUGGUGUCAGAUUGACGGAGCAAAAAUAACUUGAUCCAAGCUUCCUUGCAAUCUUUUCCUGUCAACUUUUAAAGAAGGCUAGGAGGGUACCUGUUUGGAAAUUUUUUGCUUGCUGGACAUUAAAAAAAUAAUUGUUAUGCCAUGAUUAAUCUCAAUUAUGAAAAGGCUAGUACUUUGUUAUUGUAA